AUGUUUCUAAAUAAGAAACAAACAGCAGCGACUUCUGAUCAUAAAGUACAACGACUAACGGUUUCUGGACGAACAGAAGCUGUAGCUUCAUCUGCUCAACAGCGUAUCUACAUGCAUGAAAAUCUUUAUUUUAGUGCUUCCGAUUUUUCUGUCUACAAUUACGUAAUCCCAUUGAUAAUAAAACGCGGUUCAGUGUCAAUAGAACAUGUUCGUCUGUCCUUAGUUUCAGUGAUUCAGCAGCAUACAGUUCUUCGCACUGCCAUUCGUUUCAAUCCAAUACACAAUCAAAUCGAGCAAAACAUUCGACCACUCAUCGACGAUAUUUAUUCGUUUCAAUAUUCCCGAGGUGUUUCCACAUUAGAACAACUUGAUCGUCUACUGACAAGCGAGUCUACUGGAAAAUAUUUCGAUGUUAAAAACGGAAAAGUUUUACGAUGCCAUGUAGUGCAACGAUCUGCUGUUGGUAAUGAUGAUUCACUGCACGAAGGUGAUUUUAUUAUUUUUGUGAUUCACCAUAUCGCAUUUGAUCUCACCUCAUACAAACCAUUUCUAAAAGCCUUUGAACGAGCAUGCUUGAGGAAUGAAUAUCAUCAAUCAGUAUUAACAAUUCCACAAUACAUCAACUUUGCACUAUACGAACAGGCACUGCUAGCCGACAGAAGUGCAGAGUCAAAAAUGAACACGGCUCGUUGGUUUUGGGCUAAUCUAAUGCAUGGAUACGACUGGGAUAAAAUACGAUAUUUGGUGCCCGCUGAAGAUCGAACUGAUCGACAUCAUUCUGGCCGUGGUUAUUCAACUUCAUUUACUAUCGAUCAGGAUGUUGUCGAUGCAAUGAUGUCGUUUGCUUCAACCAACAAUGUGACAAUGUUUUCUCUGUCUCUUGCCUGUUACUAUAUAUUCUUAUUUAAACUAACCAACCAUGAUAAUGACUUGUGUGUAGUAAGCAGCGCAGCUGAUCGUCUUGAGAAAGAGACACAAGAUAUGAUUGGUAUGUUUGUCAAUCUUCUAUUAUAUAGAAUCAAAAUUGAACCAAAUACUACACUUAAACAACUCGUGCAACAAAUACAACAGUUAAACAAUGAAAUUCUUGAGCAUGCUUUUUUAUCAUAUCAACAGAUCGUUGAUUCCCAAGGUAAACGAGAAAUUAAUGUAUUACCUUCAAUGUUUUUCCAGUAUGAACCUUUAAAAUUAGCGGUGACGCAGAAAAACUCAAUCGAAUUAACUUUGAGCGAAGGUUCAGUUACAAGCGGUUACUAUGAUAGAGAUCUAAAUCACCAAAACGGUAUAUCACCAUUCGACAUGUCUCUUACAAUUAUCCAUGACCAUCAUACACCAAGUACAGAAUGUUUUUGGAAUUGUUCGGCUGAUAUAUUUAAACAUCAAGAUGAUGUCGAUAUACUAUCAAAGCGUUUUCAGCAUAUCCUCACACAACUCUUUUCAUUUCCGAUGCUUCAACAAUCUAUUCACAAACUAAAUAUCGUUCUUCCCAAUGAGCAAAUGUCAUUAUUAGAAUCGAGCGACACACAAAUAUUUUCAUCUGAUCCAAGUAUAUACACAGUUCUAAAACGUUCAACAAUCAACCGACAAAUGACAAAGUCGGAAGCCAGUAAGUUCUGGCUUGACGCUCUUCAUGAUUGUAAACUUGAUCAAUCUUUACCAUUACCUUAUGAUCGAUAUCAUCUUGCAAAUGAACAUCGAACCGAUCGUGGAACAUCUAUUUCAUUUGAUUUUGGUCAAGAUCUCUCACAUGACUUUCUUAUUCAUGCAUCAUCAAAUAACAUAUCACUUCAACAUCUCACAUUUGCUAUUUAUUUCAUCUUUCUAUUUAAAUUAACUAAUGGACAAACAGAUCUAUGUGUUGCUAUGAACAUCAAUAAUAAUCGAUAUAGAGACGAACGCGAACCGAUCAUUGGUGUGUUUCAGAAUGUCAUUCCAUUACGAUGUCAGUUAGAUCCUCGUUGGUGCUUACAUCAACUACUCGAACAUGUUCAAGAGAUAACAACAAAUAGCAUGAAAUAUUCAUAUUUUCCACUUCAACGUAUUCUCAACCAACAUCCACAUAUUUCAAAACAUGCAUUUUUAGAUACAUCUUUGGAAUUCAUAUCAUACAAGAGCAACAACUACAACAAUGCAAUUAUGAUUGGUGAUUCUCAACUUGUGCCAGGAUCUUUCUCAUUCAAUGUUAAUGAAGAUGAGAUAUUAAGUAUAUCCGACUUCUCUCUUUCUAUUUAUCAUGAUACCAACAUGAAUCAACUGUCAUGCACAAUCAAUGGAUCACUUGAUUUGUUCAAUCGAGAGACAGUGGAAAAGAUUUCACAACGAUUUCAUUUCAUCUUAAGUCAAUUAUCUGCAUCUAUGAUUGAUAAUCAAAUGAACAAACCUAUCCAUGAAUUAUCAUUAGCAUUACCAAAUGAAAAAUAUCUAAUGCAAUCAUUAAAUAAUACAGAAAUAUCAUUUCCAUCUGCUUUCACUUGUAUUCACCAUGAGUUUGUAUAUCAAGUAAUGAAACAUCCACAAAAACUAGCUGUUGAACUAGAUGAACAAUCAUUGACAUAUUGUGAACUCUUACAUUAUGCACAAGUAUUAUCUUUAACUCUUCGUAAUGAAUAUCAUGUUGUUCCCGGUGAAAUCAUUUGUCAAUGUGUCGAGAGAAGUCUGCCAAUGGUGAUUGGUAUAGUGGCGAUUGAAAUGAGCGGUGGUGUCUAUUGUCCAUUAUCACAUAGAGACCCAGCACAUCGUUUGCAUGCACUCACACAACAAACUCAAAGUCGUCUUGUUCUUGUUCAUGAUUUAACUAAGACCAAAUUUGAUGAUGACAUUGUUUCAUUUGAUAUUAAUUCAAUAUUAACUGUUAAUAAUAUGGAAGUGAAUAUUGAUAUUGAUCAACUAUCAAGUAUAAGAGUUGCACUCGAUGAUCUAGCUUAUAUCAUUUUUACGAGUGGUUCGACUGGAAAACCUAAAGCUGUUCAGAUACAGCACAAGAAUUUUACUGAAUUUAUGCAUUCACUAGUUUAUGGUGAUGUAGUGAAUGAAAUAGACACGAUUCUUCAAAUCGGACGUUGUUCUUAUGAUGCUCAUGUCCAAGAUAUAAUGGGCACUUUUAUGAUUGGAAGUAGUCUGAUUAUGCUACAUCCAAGAGGAAUUAUCGACUUUGACUAUCUUGCUAGCGUUUUCAAAGAAAAGAAUAUUACUUGUAUUACUACUGUUCCAACUAUAAUUCAUAAUUUCUUCACCUAUAUGCAACAACAAAAUCAUCAUACUGUUACACAAUACCUGCGGUCAGUUUGUAGUGCUGGUGAGCCUUGCUCUUUGAAACUAAUAAAUUUAAUAUCAAAUACUGUAAUGCACACUUGUCGACUAUGGAACAUAUAUGGUCCUGCUGAAACAACAAUUGCUUGCACAUUUCAUCUUUUCGAUAACACAAUCGAGACUGAAAGCUUUCCAAUAGGCAGACCGCUUUCAAAUUAUCAAAAUCUAGUUUUCGAUAAAUUCUCACAAAGUGUGUUUAUCGAUCAAGAAAGUGAACUGCUUAUAGGUGGAGUAGGUGUCUUUGAUGGUUAUUUUGGACGUGAUGAUUUAACUGCAAAAGCUCUUGUUGAAAUAGAUGGGCAACUAUUCUAUCGAACAGGUGAUCUUGUUAGAAUGGAUAAUAAUGGCCUUCUUCAUUAUCAAGGAAGAAAAGAUCAUCAAAUCAAAUUACAUGGACAAAGAAUUGAACUUGGUGAAAUCGAACGGUGUUUACUUAACAUCACAUCCGUCUCUGCUUGUGUUGUUAUGAAAUGGAAUGAUGAUUAUUUAGUUGCUUAUGCUCAAUCUUCUUCUCAUAUGAAUGAAGGAGAACUACGUCAACAUUGUCAAUCUCAUCUUCCACCACAUAUGAUUCCAUCUUUCUUUAUUAUACUUGAGAAACUACCUUUGAAUACAAAUGGAAAAAUAGAUCGAAAACUUCUUCCGCCACCUCACUUCUCAUCAAUACAUCUCACAAACAGUAUAGAAUUAUUACUACCAACAAAUGAUAUUGAAGUUGGUAUUCAUCAUAUUUGGUGUGAGAUAUUCAAACAAAAUCAAAUCUCAACUGAUACAAACAUCUUUACUAUUGGCGGUCAUUCAUUACUUAUGAUGCAACUAUUUCAUCAAUACAAGAUCAAAUUUCAUUUACAAACAAAUUCUCUUUCUAUCAGUAAUCUUUUUCAACAUCCAACAAUUAUUCAUCAUGCACAACUCGUUCAGCAAUCUAUCAAUACUAUCCACGCUCUGGAUGAUUAUGUCUGGUCUUCAUUACAUCUAACUCAAGCUCGAGCAUCAUUUGCUCAAGAACGAAUCUUCCUGGAUGAACAAAUUCGUUUUCCAUCUAAACAUCACAACUUCAUGUAUGUUAAUCCAUCAGUUUAUCGUAUUUUCACGACUAACAAUCAUUUAUCGAUUGAUCGAUUGCAUCGAGCACUACACACAGUUGUCGCAAAACAUCGUGUUUUACGUACAGGAUUUUAUCUCGAUAUAAAUGGUAUGAUCAUACAAUAUUGCCUUGAUAUCAAUGCUACGAUCAAUGAUCAAGAACCAUAUGGGUUUUCGGUAGUCAAUAUUAAUAGCGAUGUUAAAAUUGACGAAGUAAUCCAAAAAAUAAUAAGUCGUUCUGACUUAUUUGAUUUGUCGAAAGGACGUGUUCUGAAUUGUCAUAUUGUUCAUCGUCAUGACUUCGGUGACUUAUCUUAUAAUGAGGAUACGUUGAUUAUGGAUGAUUUAAUUAUAUUCACAAUUCAUCAUAUAGUAUUCGAUGGAGCAUCAAUAUCAACUUUUCUUAACGAUCUUUCUGUUGCUUAUACAAAUGAUUGUUCGUUGCCUGUUGACGAAAAUGUCAUGCAAUGUAUCGAUAGUACCGUAUAUGAGCGUUUAAUGGAUAUGACACAAUCGCAUGAAUUUUGGUAUUCUCAAUUGAAGGAUUAUAACUUCGCACGUUCAAUAUCAUUACCUUUUGACCGAUAUUGUUUAUCCACCGACUAUCGAUCAGGUUUCCAGGUUGUCACUGAAAUAUAUUUCGAUGAUGAUAUUUCGGCAGCAUUUUUGGAAUAUGCUACUUUACAUCAUAUAACACCUUUUCAGUUAGCAAUGAGUAUAUUUUAUGCAUUUCUAUUUAAAUUAACUGAUGGACAAGAUGAUUUAUGCUUUAGCUGUUUACAUGCCAAUCGACACAGAACUGAAUUACAAAAUAUAAUUGGAAUGUUUGUUGCAACAUUACCAUUUCGAAUUCAACUUAAUUCGCAAUGGUCGUUUGAAGACCUUGUUAAACAUGUUCAAGAAAAUUGUUUAUCAAUUUUUCAACAUACUCAUUAUCCAUUGCAAUACAUUCUCGCUGAUUUUCGACGUAAUUAUUCAAAUGUUUCUUUUCUUGAUAUUUUAUUUGAACUUGUCACUGUAUCUCCUAAUAUCAAUAAAUUAUCUUUGGAUGAGUCAAAUUUAGAAGGAGUAUCCGUUGAACACUUACACGAAGCAACAUACUUUGAUGUAGAUGCGGUGUUUGUAUACAAUCCAACAGUUGAAACUGGAAAAUUAUUAUUUAAUGUUUAUGGCUCACGCGAUGUAUUUGAUGAAACUACAGUUAAUACAAUAGGUCGAAAACUUCAAGCUGUAUUUUCUCAGAUAUUUACAACAAAGUCAAGAGUUGAUCAGAUUGAUAAACUGUCUAUUACUCUCCCAGAUGAAGUUGAACAUAUGCAAAAAGUAACAUUUCGUCACUUAUCAGAUAUGAAUAACAACGAUUAUCAAAUCAAGUUGCAUGGACAACAUGUUGAACUUGGUGAAAUUGAACAAUGUUUACUCAAUACAUCAAUAUCAGCAUGUGUUAUUAUAAAAUGGGAUGAUGAUCAUUUGAUUGCUUAUGUCGAUGGUUGUGAUAUGACAGAAAAUGAAUUAUAUGAGUAUUGUCAAUCUUAUUUACCUUUUCAUAUGAUUCCAUCGAUGUUUAUUCUACUUGAAAAAUUACCGAGAAAUGAUAAUGGAACAAUAGAUCAAGACUUGCUUCGAAAAUCUCACUUGCCGACUGUUAUUAAUGCUGAUUCUUUAUCAUUAAUACAAUUAGAAGCACGUCUAAGUCACAUCUUCAGUCAGGUACUUGGUUGUGAGUCUCCCGAGGUAACCCAAUCAUUUAGCGAGAUGGGUGGAACAUCAUUAGAUGUUUUACGAAUGCUCUCUCUCAUUCGAAAAGAUAUUUGCCCUAUAAUCAAUGGAUCUCUCUUGUUUGCUAAUCCAUCGAUUCGACAACUUGCACGGACGAUCAAACCAUUGUUGGCUAUGCACGAGGGUGUGAGUGUGGAUUCGAGCUAA